CUUAGCAACCGACCGGACUCUUUUACCUUAGCAACGAGCGCAGCUCCCACCAUGGCUGAAGAGGAAAUUGCUGCCCCGCCAGAGAAAGUCAUCCGGGUGCAGAGGGUGUUUAUAAACCUGCUGGACACCUACAGCAGCAGGAACAUCGGGAAGUAUUUAUCUAACUGUGUCGUUGGAGCUUCCCUGGAAGAAAUUACGGAGGAAGAAGAAGAAGAAGAUGAAAAGCCAGCCGUCCUGGAAGCCUCAUCUUUCAGACUGAAGGAAGGCACAUUCCAGAUCGUGGGUACACUCUCCCAGCCCGAAAACCCCGGACCCAACUUUGCGGUGGAGACAUACUGGGCCAUCUCCCGCGAAGACCUGCUCCUGCGCCUACUGGAGUGUGACGUUGUCAUUUACAACAUCACGGAGAGCUGGCCGCAAGUGGAGGAAGCCGUGUGGGCCGUCUCUGCACUGAGUGAAGAAGUCAGUCAUUUUGAAAAGCGGAAGGUUUUUAUUCUGCUCUCCACUGUGAUGACUUGGGCGCGAUCCAAACCUCUGGACCCUGAUGAUACUGAGGUCCCAUUUACUGAAGAGGAUUAUCGAAGAAGAAAGCAUCAUCCUAAUUUUACAGACCACAUAAAUGCUGAAAAAAUGGUGCUUAAAUUUGGAAAAAAUGUCAAAAAAUUUGCAACUUAUGUAAUUGCUGCAGGACUUCAGUAUGGACUGGAAGAAGGCAUCUUACACACUUUCUUUAAGAUAGCUUGGUUGGGUGAGGUUCCUGCAUUACCUGUUUUUGGAGAUGGAACAAAUAUAAUUCCAGCAAUUCAUGUUCUCGACCUGGCAGGAGUGAUACAAAAUGUAAUAGACCACGUGCCAAAGCUCCAUUACCUGGUGGCUGUGGACGAGUCAGCUCAUACUCUGGAAGACUUCGUCAAGUGCAUCAGUAAACACACCGGCCCUGGGAAAACCCAGAAAGUACCCAAAGAAAAUGCUUACCUAAUCAAGGAUUUAAAACAAGAGUGUCUUGAUCAUUUGCUGGUCAACUUAAGAAUGGAAGGGGUCUUCGUGAAGGAGAAUUUUAACAUCCGAUGGGUUGCCCAGACAGGAUUUGUGGAAAAUAUCAACAAUAUCCUCAAAGAAUACAAGCAAAGCAGAGGAUUACUGCCAAUCAAGAUUUGUAUUCUCGGUCCUCCUGCUGUGGGAAAAUCCAGUAUUGCUGAAGAACUGGCCAAGCAUUACAAACUACAUCACAUUAAAAUAAAGGAUGUGGUUUCCGAAGCCAUAGCAAAACUGGAGGCGAUCGUCGCGCCUAAGGACAUAGGGGAUGGAGAAGAAGAAGGCGAGGAGGAGGAGGAGGAGGAGAACGUGGAGGACGCUCAGGAGCUCUUAGACGGCAUCAAGGAGAGCAUGGAGCAGAACGCAGGUCGACUAGAAGAUCAAUAUGUAAUUAGAUUUGUCAAAGAAAAGCUAAAAUCUAUGCCUUGUAGGAAUCAAGGAUACAUUUUGGAUGGAUAUCCAAAGACCUAUGAUCAGGCCAAAGAUCUGUUCAAUCAGGAAGAUGAGGAAGAGGAAGAAGAAGUCAGAGGCAAAAUGUUUCCCUUUGAUAAAGUAAUUAUACCUGAAUUCGUGUGUUCUCUGGAUGCCUCGGACGAGUUCCUGAAGGAGCGGGUGAUGAACCUUCCUGAGACCCUCGUGGCCGGAACCCACUAUAGCCAGGACCGCUUCCUCCGGACGCUAAGCAACUACCGGGACAUCAAUACUGAAGAUGAGACUGUCUUCAACUAUUUUGAUGAAAUCGAAAUCCACCCAAUACAUAUUGAUGUAGGAAAACUUGAAGAUGCUCAGAACAGACUCGCCAUCAAACAGCUCAUCAAAGAGAUUGGGGCGCCUCGAAAUUACGGUUUAACAGAGGAGGAGAAGGCAGAGAUGGAGCGGCGAGAUGCGGAGGAACGCCUGGCCAGGGAGGCUGCUGAGGAAGCAGAGCGUGAGCACAAGGAGGCUGUGGAGGCAGCAGAGAAGCUGGCCCGCUGGGAGGAGUGGAAUAAACGACUAGAGGAAGUCAAAAGAGAAGAAAGAGAGCUGCUGGAGGCUCAGUCUGUUCCCCUGAGGAAUUACUUAAUGACCUAUGUCAUGCCAACCCUCAUGCAGGGCCUGAGCGAGUGCUGUAAAGUUAGACCGGAUGAUCCUGUAGAUUUUCUGGCAGAAUAUCUCUUCAAGCAUAAUACUGAGAUGCAGUAAAGCUUCAAAGAUCUUGUACCGUGUAACUUUACAGAACGAGAGAGCAUCUUAACCCUGUAAUUUGAAAAACUUGCUCUUAAAAAUUCUCAGUUUUUUGAAAAUUCUUUUUCUGUAAGCAAAUAUUUUAUAAAGUAAAAUUAUUAUAAAAAACUACAUGGCAAUGAAUGAUAACUUCAUUAAAACUACAACUGAACAGUAAGUUGAUAUGGCAUGUGUGCGUAGCCCAGGAAAUCAAUGUUGAUUUAAUAUUUCAUUAUUAGAUCAGUUUCAAAUAUUCUGCAUAUUCAUGCCCCUAGCAAUUUAAUUUAUAGCGUAAAGAACAUCACACUAUGUAUUAUUCUGACGUGUAUUCUAAUGAUUUUACACAACUUGUUAACCUAGUACCAUGCCCCAAUACCAAUGGUUAGAAAUGGAAAUAAAUAGAAUAGUUGUUGAGUCUCAGUAAAUCAGACAAGACUGGCUUCUGUAAGGCUGCUUCUGAGAUCAGGAUCAGGAUUCUAGCUGAUGAAUCAGAGAACUGUAAACUUUGUGAUGGAAAAAUUCUUGUUGCACAAUGAAUACUGAUAUAUGUGAUAAUUAGAAAGUUGCCAAAUAUUUUUGACAAACUGACUUUAUAAUACAGGCUUAAGCUAUCAAUUCUUUUCCAGCUCUAAAAACCCCAUAAAAUUCCUAGACUUCCUCCAAACGAGAAAUUAUUUUAAUGAUGUAUAUAUUUCACAAUGUAACCUGAAUAUAACUGCAUUUUA